GACUCGGAUGUGGAUCCAAAGUCCGCGGAAUCUGGGAACCAUUUAAUAGACAACAAUGAUCGAGACGUCGAGGUGAUGCCAAGGAAAGAUAUUAUGCCUCAUGUUGACGAUAUGGAUGAUGCCGCGGCUAUGUCGAAACGAUAUCUAUUCCCCGCGGGCUGAAAUCCUUGCCUCCUCCUUAUCUUCACCGCCUGCGCCAAAGCGCUCUUCGGAGACAUCGCAAUGGGACGAAUCUCAGAUACGCGACGAACGAGUGUCCAUCGUGCCCAUUGAAGAAUGCACAACUACUCUUCCGAUAUCGAGCCAUCAUGGUCAUGAACAGCCUAGACAGAGUCUUGCGCCUGCAGUAUGGAGGCUCAUUCUCUUCCAAAUGGCGUUCUUUAUCACCCAACUUCUGGCCGCGCUUUCGACUAUCAUUGAUGUAGCAAGACAUCGCGCAUACCCAACGCCUUUUGGGACGCAGCAUGUAGCGUUAGUGCUGGUGGCAUGGGGACCAUCAGUAGUAUUUGGCCACCUUCCAGCAGUCCGGCGUAAAUUGUUGUUCUGGCGACGUCUAGGCUCGAGUUCAAACCCUUAGUGCCACCUGUUCGCUGGAAGACCAAAUAUGUGUAUAUUUUAUUGUGCCAACUGCAUGUUAAGCUACAUCAUGAUAUAAAUUUGACACAGUGCAUGCGAUUUUGCGGUUCAGCCAAAAUUAUCACUCUUCAACGCAUGCAGCAAUAUUCUUGGCCGUCGGAAAGUCUACACACGCUGCCUUUCUCCCCCGUGAUGCUAAGAGACGACUCCAGUGGAGAGCUGCAGUCUAUUACAUUUUUUGUAUAUAACCGUGCGUUCGGUGCGAUUCGUUCUUAGCAGGCCAGGUUAAUGUGCUGCAUCAUACACUCAGCCAUGAUCUCCCGUACUAGGUAGA